AUGGGAAGAGGAUUGUUCUUUAGGAAUAACAUUGUUACUAACUUUGGAUUCGUUACAAUCUUAAGGAUAGGGUUCGAGGAUAUCUAUGUGGGAUGCCCAAGAUCAAUGUGGGAUAAGUAUGGGAAGCAAAGUUACUUCGUGUGCACGGGUCCCGCUUCUAUGCUCGUUCCCAUUUAUGUCGGCGCUGGCGAGACAUGGAGAGGAGCAAUGGUAAUGGAGCAUGAUAAUUUGUAA